UCAUAAAUUCUAUUAAAUGAGAUUUUCCUUUUCACAAAUUUUAAUUUUAUAUUGUACUGCUACCCGACACAUUCCUUCUUAUAAAUUUCCAAUUUGUACUGUACCAUCUCAUUUGAUUUCCUUCCUCCUAAAUUUUGAACUCGUACUGUACCAAUACUGAUGACGAAAUUAGAAAAACUAACUUCUUCGGUCACGCCUUAUUCCGAUCUAAGCAACAGACAUCGUCGGAAGAAUUUCACAGUAUUUCUCGAAAAAUCGAAACAGACUGUCAAUAGAAUCUCAGUUAUCAACAAACGUGUCAGUCAGUGUUAAAUCUUCGAUGAAUGAACCCGAAAAAUUGUCCAUGUGCUUUUAAACAAUUUCCAAGUUUUGAGAGGCGAAAAUCGAGUUCCAACAGACUCGUCCAUGUUUAUCUACCUUGAAUGUAUAUUCUAGCAAAAUAUACCUCAGCGUGUUUACUUUGAGUGUCAGCAAACAUUGUUCAACCAGUGAGACCUUAAAAACAAUACCCAGGAUAAAUAAAUAAUCAUCCAGUGGCGUUGAAAAAUAACGGCACCGAAAUUUCCGAAAUUUGCUGCAAUAAUGUCGCGACCGGUAAUUUCUCCUUUUUCUCAAACAAACAUAAAGGAGAAAACAAAUGGUGCGAUAAAAAAGUCAAGUCAAUAUCAUUUGGCAAGAGCCGGGAAAGAGAAUAUCGAGAAGCCUUCCAAAAGACUUCGAUUUAGUUCCGAAUUGUCGGCAGAAUUCGAGAAUUUUCGAGUCUCGAAUCAGAGCCGUUUAACUGAUAAUUCGAAUUCCAGCUCGAUUUCUGGUUCCGGAGUUUCGAGGAAGUCUUCGAUGGACCUUGAAGACUUUGAAAGAAUUCAAUCUGCCGGAAAAAAUCGGGUGAAAUUUCCAAAAACGUCGUUUCUGGUUUACAGCGACGGCGACGAAGAUAUCGCCCAAGAACGGCCGUUUUGUUCGGAGCGGAACACAUCGAAAAAGGCAGAUAAAAAAUCAAAAAUUCGAGUGAAAGCCGAGCAGAUUGGUCGAGAAUUUCCGCAAAUGUUGAAUGAUAAAGUCAAACGACCCAAGACUCCGUAUAGGAAUGAGAAAGAUGUGUUGGAAGCGGAGGGACGAUGUCAAGAGCGAAAAUUCCACGUCGACGUUUCGCGGCAGAAAUUCCAAAUUGAUAGUCAGGGAAUAAUAAAUGAAAAACAAAAUUUGAGAUGCAAUGAAGUCGAGAGUAAGAAAGUGGGAGGAUGCAAAAUGAAGUUCCCGCAUCCGAGGGUUAAUGCCCUUCAGGGGAAUACGAAAUGUGACGAUGCUUCGGAGAAAGUUAUUACACCUAUUGAUGCUUACCCGAUACCUCAGGUGCCUAAUCAGGUGAAGCUACUUCGCAAAAAAGACCCAAAAUCUCUCCGCGCCGCUGUAAUGCCGUAUGCUCAGGAAAUGUCUAUUGACAUGGCGUACACACUCGAGUACAUCGACGAUAUUGUACACAUACAAAUGCAGAAAGACGAUUUAUUGAAUUCUCGACGAUGUUUGCGUAGAAGCAAUAUUUCGGCCCAGCAAAAGUCCAUCAUCAUCAACUACCUUGUUCGAAUCAACACACACUGCUUCUAUCCAUCAUUUAUCCUUUAUCAAACUGUCAUGUUGUUCCUGGCCACGCUGAAUACCAAACCCGUUAAAUUGUCAGACUUGCAGUUGAUAGCUUUAGCCUCCUUAUGGAUCGUCCUGAAGAGAGAAUAUAUUUAUCGUCUCGUACCGAGCUCAAAAACGGUAAUUUCCUUGGCCAAGGACCUGUACGAGGAAAGGAAGGACCUCCUCGUGCAAUGUGAAAGGGAGAUCUUGAUAUCGCUCAAUUUUGACAUCGUUUUUCCCGAUCCCUUUGCGAUUUUAUCCUAUCAUCUAGUUAGGUACGAAGGAACGACGCAGCUCCGCGACGACCAAGUUGAAUUUGCAUAUUACUGCGGUAGUUAUUUGAUCGAUGUAUCAUUGUUCGAGGAAAUUUUACGCGAAAAGACAUCCACAUUGUUGGGUAUUGUUGCGGCCCAAACCGCCAUAUUUGCAACCGUGGCAAGUGAAAGAGAAUUACUAUCACCACGGUGGACUUCAUGGAGAAGUCCUAUUUUAAACAAAUUUCCUGAUAGAGAAAUCCAGAAGGUCAGGGCACUGAUGAUAGCAGCAGUAAUGAAGUCGAAAAUCGCUCACACAGCUCAUGAAUCAGUUUUCAAAAAAUAUAACAGAUCAAGAUAUGGCGGCGUUUCUCGUGCUUUUAUCCAAAAGGUUGAAGUGUUAGCACAGUCCGAAACGCAAAACUCCUAAAAGUUAUGUGUUAUUUAUUUUUCUAAGUUUCAUGAAAUCGGACAUGAUUUAUUUAUUGACUUUUGAGAAUGCAUGGCAUA